AUGGGUAUUGUAGAAAUCUUUACCAUCCCCGACUCCUACUCUUCUCUUGAAGAAACACACGAGUUUGCUGUCAGAAAUUGGCCGGGUUGUCCUCGAUACGCGACUCUUAACCAAGCCAAUAAAUCACUACACAGCAUUCAUAACCUAUGUCAGGAGUUCGGGUACAACCCAAUCGGUAUAUCAGUAUCAACUGGUCGUCUCCUAGCACACCUAUCCUGCUCAAGAGCGACAAUCGCCCUUAUUCGAGCUCGUGCAGACGCCAACGAAGACGAGGCCAGAGAGUUAAUAGACGAAGAGUACGCGCUCAAUCAAAAACGUGAUGCACGUGUCCAGACAAAACGCAAACUCGACGUACUCAACGUGCGCUACUCUAGUACAAAGGAGAAACUCGCAAGAUGCGAAGCUGAACUCAACAAUACACGGGCUCAACUCCACGAAGCAGAGAUAUAUAUAGGCACAUACAAGAAACCAAAUCUCCGUGCUGCUGAACUCCAAGGCGAAGUGCAUGGCUUACGUGCGGCGCUCAGUGAGGCCCAACGACCACAAUAA